GUGGCCGGUGUCCACGUUACAGGUUCAUUUUCCGGAUUAUUAUAACAUAAUAAUAAUUGACUUAAAGUCAUUUAGUGUUGAAAUAUAACGAUGGCACCAGUAACAGUCACAGAAGAUCGGCUGACCUCGGGCCACCGGCUGUCGCAUCCGAAGUCCGGCGAUGAGGUGCUGAUCACCGGAGUAUCUGGCUACUUCCCUGACUCCGAUUCAGUAAUACACCUACAGGAGAAUCUAUUUAACAAGGUGGACCUGAUAUCAGGGGACGGCCGACGAUGGAAACUCGCCCACCCUGAGAUUCCCCAAAGGACGGGGAAGAUAAACAAUGUAAACAAAUUCGACGCAUCGUUCUUCGGCGUACAUUUCAAGCAGGCUCACACCAUGGACCCCAUGUGCAGGAUACUCCUCGAGAAGGCAUACGAAGCAGUUAUUGAUGCUGGUCUUAACCCGAAGGAGCUUCGUAACACUAAAACUGGAGUGUUUAUAGGCGCCUGCUUCUCGGAGUCUGAAAAAACAUGGUUCUACGAAAAAAUGCAGGUCAACGGUUUCGGUGUAACCGGAUGUUCACGCGCUAUGUUAGCCAACCGCAUCUCCUACUGGCUUGGAGUCACCGGUCCGUCUUACACCGUGGACUCAGCUUGCUCAAGUUCUCUUUACGCCUUAGAGCAUGCCUUCAGGGCGAUCCGUGAUGGGCAUUGCGAUUCUGCCAUCGUCGGCGGCUCAAACCUUUGUCUGCAUCCAUACGUGUCUUUGCAAUUCUCGAGAUUAGGUGUACUAUCGCCUGAUGGGAAGUGCAAGAGUUUCGACAAUAAAGCCAACGGGUACGCUCGUUCUGAAGCCAUUGUGGUCAUCUUGCUACAGAAGGCGAAAGACGCAAGACGGGUGUAUGCACAAGUCCUUCACGCCAAGACCAACUGCGAUGGCUACAAAGAGCAGGGCAUCACCUACCCAGCUGGUCACAUCCAGCAACUACUGCUAGAUGAGUUCUACGAGGAGUGCUCCAUCCCCCCCAACACCCUUGAGUUUGUCGAAGCCCAUGGUACUGGUACCAGAGUUGGAGAUCCUGAGGAACUCAAAGCUAUAGACGCAGUCUUUUGCACGGGUCGCUCUGAUCCACUUAUGAUUGGAUCAAUUAAGUCUAACUUGGGGCAUAGUGAACCUGCAUCCGGACUUUGUUCAAUAGCUAAACUCUGUAUAGCCUACACCACUGGAUUUAUUCCCCCAAAUCUAAACUACUCUACUCCCAGAGAUGGAGUUCCAGCUCUAGCGGAAGGAAAAUUGAGAGUUAUUACAGAGAAGACACCAUGGAAUCGAGGCAUGUCUGGAAUAAACAGCUUUGGGUUUGGAGGUGCUAAUGCCCAUACUCUGCUCAAGAAUUUCGCGAGAGAAAAGGUCAACAACGGCAUACCCACAGAUGAUCUUCCACGUUUAGUAUGCGCGUCAGGACGUACGGAAUCAGCUGUCGCAAGGAUCCUCGAUGACCUGGAGUCCAAAACAGUUGAUGCUGAGCUCAUCAGAUUAUUACAUGCGAUUCAUGAUGAAGAUAUCACUGGACAUGUUGUUAGAGGAUAUACUUUAAUAGGAUCGACACCGACCAAGAGCGUACCUCUUGCUCGGGAUGUCCAAUACUUCUCCGGCGUCCGUCGUCCAGUCUGGUUCGUUUACUCCGGCAUGGGGUCGCAAUGGGCCGGUAUGGCCACCCAGCUUAUGAGGAUUCCUAUCUUUGCUGCUGCUAUUGAGAAGUGUCACAAAGUUCUGCAAUCGAAAGGCAUAAACUUAACAAAAAUUAUCACGGAACCUGACCCAAAGAUAUACGAUAAUAUACUCAACUCAUUCAUUGGUAUCGCAGCUGUUCAGAUAGGUCUCACUGAUAUCUUGAAGGCUCUAGGCAUUGAACCUGACUAUAUUAUUGGUCACAGUGUAGGCGAGCUCGGUUGCGCUUAUGCAGAUGGAUGUUUCACUGCUGAACAAAUGAUUUUGUCUGCGUACAGCCGCGGUCUUGCAUCUAUUGAAACUCCAUUUAUCAAAGGUUCCAUGGCUGCUGUUGGACUUGGUUACAGUGAAAUCAAAACAAUAGUCCCACCCGAAAUCGAAGUUGCCUGUCACAACGGCCCGGACUCCAGCACCAUAUCUGGUCCAGCUGAUAUCAUGAAGACCUUCGUCGCGAAGCUCGUUGCUCAAGGUGUCUUCGCUAAAGAGGUCCCAUGUUCAAACAUCGCCUACCACUCACGCUAUAUUUCAGAAGCUGGGCCAAAACUGUUGAAAUACUUGAGACAAGUGAUACCUGAUCCAAAGCUUCGUUCAGAACGUUGGCUUUCUACUUCUGUGCCACAAGCUCUGUGGAAAGAUCCAAAGGCUGAACUUUCAUCUGCCGAAUACCAUACAAACAAUCUCUUGAGUGCGGUACUAUUUGAAGAAACUGCCCGCCUGAUCCCAGCAAAUGCAAUUACAAUAGAAAUUGCACCACAUGGUUUACUUCAAGCAAUUUUACGUCGUUCAUUGAAGAAGGACGUCAUAAAUAUCCCACUAACAGAAAGAAAGCAUCCAGAUAAUGUACAAGUGUUGUUGACGGCAUUGGGAAAACUAUACGAGGCCGGACUAAACCCUCACAUGGCAAAUAUUUACCCGCACGUGCAGUUUCCUGUAUCACAAGGAACCCCCAUGAUUUCACAUCUCGUCGAAUGGGAGCAUAGCGAAGAUUGGUACGUAACAUCAUACAAGGCCCAAGAGAAAAUGAAGUCUGGAGAGCGAACAGUACGAAUGUCUAUUGCGGAUGAAGACAGUGAAUUUAUGGCAGGACACGUUGUUGAUGGACGUAAUUUAUACCCCGCUACUGGAUAUCUGGUAAUGGUUUGGGAAACUCUUGGAAUGAUGAUGGGAGAACUACACACGGAGGUGUCUGUGGUAUUCGAGAACGUUCGAUUCCAGAGGGCGACCAAUAUCCCCAAAGAUGGAAAUCUCGAGUUCAUCGUUAUGAUACAGAAGGGAAGCGGACAAUUUGAGAUCGUGGAGAGUGGAGCAUCAAUCGUAACAGGACGUAUAUACGCUAAGAAAAACAUCGGUCAAGAUUACAGAGUUCUACCGCCAGCACCUGAAGCAACUGGUCCCAAUGUUAAACACAUGCUCACCAAAGAUUUCUAUAAGGAAUUACGUCUACGAGGAUAUCAAUAUGGUGGCAUCUUCAGAAGUAUCAUUGGCAGUAACAUAGAAGGCACUCGCGGGCGCCUCGCCUGGUCUAAUAACUGGGUAGCCUUCAUGGAUUGUAUGCUCCAAAUGAGAAUCGUUAGUCAAGAUACGCGUGGUCUUUUCGUCCCUACUAGAAUUCAGAAGCUUUGUAUAGACGCCAAUAUGCAUUAUGAUGCCAUUUCCAAAAUGAACCCGGAUUCUACUCGUCAGUCCUUUGAGAUUCGAGUUUAUCCUCAUGUUGAUGUUAUUAGGGCUGGCGGUGUGGAAAUUCGGGGUCUACAUGCUACUCCUAUUUCCAAAAGAAUUCCUUUGGGCGUGCCAGUACUUGAAAAAAACGAAUUUAUACCUAACUUCGGCAAAUCAAAAAUGAAGAUCGAAGAUAUCCUUCGGGCCAAUAUACAGCUUAUCCUAGAAAACAUUCAAACUUAUAAAGUCAAAAGUAUUGAACUUGUUGAUGAAGAAUAUAAAAACAACAACUUAAAACCUGUAAUGGAAAUCGUUGGUGAUGUACUUGGUGAUUUGCCUUUAGUACAAGCGGAAUUAUCAGUUUUAUCUGAAGAUCCUUUGCCUGAUAUGCCGUCCCAUAUAACUGUUGAAAAUAAGAAGCUGCUCGGAGAAACUAACACAGUAAUAUUUGUUGGUGCUAACUUACUUAGGCGGCCAGACGUACUAAAGCAAGCCUUAUCAACCCUGCGUGAUAAAUGUUUCGUUAUAAGCCGAGAAAAAGAUCGCAUUAACCCCAAAGACUACUCUGAUAAAUACGAUAUAAUUACUAUACAAGACACAGGCCUAGAAUACUUAGUUCUUUUCAGAAAAAGAGUUGGAGCUAAGCCUGCGAAGUUUGUAAAAAUUGAUACCGUAGAUCAAACUUACGCUUGGGUUGACAAAGUUAAGGAGGAGCUUAAAGCUGGACAAAAACUUGUACUUUAUAGCCAAGAUGAACUUAUAAAUGGGCUCUUAGGUCUUAUUAAUUGUCUAAGGAGGGAACCUGGUGGUGAAAUUGUUUGUGGUCUCCUUUUGUCCGAUCCAUCCGCACCACCUUUCAACCCUGAUUUGGAGUUCUAUGAAGACCAGUUGGAUAAAGAUUUAGCUUUGAAUGUGUAUCAAGAAGGUCAAUGGGGCACAUACCGCCACUUACUCCUGGGGGAUCUGGAUACCGUCGAAGCGCACCAUGCCUAUGUCAACACUACAACUAUAGGAGACUUGUCAACGCUUAAAUGGCUGGAAGGACCCAUCCGAGAAAACCAAGCCUUCAAAAAUCCUGACAGUGUGUUAGUACAUGUAUAUAGCGCUGCAAUGAACUUCCGAGAUGUAAUGACGGCUACAGGUCGUGUCACAGUCGACGCUGUGGCUCGAGGCAGGUUAGCACAAGAAUGUGUGCAAGGUUUCGAAAUCGUUGGUAGAACUGUCAGUGGUGCCCGAAUAAUGGCCAUGGUGACCAACUCUGGUUGCGCGAACAUGGUUGAAGCAGACCGAGCCCUAAUGUGGAAUAUUCCCGACGAGUGGACCCUCGAAGAGGCCGCCACCGUUCCCGUCGCUUAUGGAACUGUUUAUUAUGCCAUGAUAAUGGUAGGCCAACUUCAACGCGGUGAGUCAAUACUGAUUCACGCUGGCUCUGGAGGCGUAGGUCAAGCAGCUAUUAAUGUAGCAUUCCACUACGGUUGUGAAGUAUUCACCACCGUGGGCACCCCAGAAAAACGAGCGUUCAUUAAGAAACUGUUCCCGCAAUUGAAAGACAGUAACAUCGGCAACUCGCGUGAUGCAUCUUUCGAAGACAUGAUCCGAAAGGAAACUAAUGGCAAGGGAGUCGAUAUGGUCCUCAAUUCACUAUCUGACGAAAAACUGCAGGCAUCUGUGCGUUGUCUCGGCUAUCGCGGGCGUUUCCUCGAGAUUGGCAAGUUUGAUAUCAGCAACAACACCCCCAUCGGAAUGUAUUGCUUCCUCAAAGAGAUCUCCUUCCACGGUAUUAUGUUGGAUUACAUCUUUGAACAAGGCUACGAGUUCAGAAAGAGUUUACAAGAUCUCCUUUUAUCUGGUAUGGAGAGUGGAGCCAUCCGUCCUCUCACAUAUUGCACGUUCAACAAAGACGAAGUCGAAGCUGCCUUCCGUUACAUGGCUGCCGGGAAACAUAUUGGAAAGGUCAUCAUCAAAAUUCGUGAAGAAGAACGAACAAAUCGACCAGUGAAACCAAAAAGCUUCAAAAUAAAAGCAGUUCCAAGAUACAUGUGUACUGAAGAACUGGUUUACGUAGUUGUGGGAGGUCUUGGAGGUUUUGGCCUUGAACUGGCUGAUUGGCUCAUCCUGAGGGGUGCUAGGAAAGUGGUGCUCACGUCGAGACGAGGAAUUAGUAAUGGCUACCAGUCUUCUAGAAUAAAAGCAUGGACCAGCUAUGGCGCCGAUGUUAGGAUCUCCACUCAUGAUAUCACCAACGAAUCUGGCUGCGAAGAGAUGUUAGCAAUGGCGAACUCCAUGGGACAGGUUGAAGCAAUCUUUAAUUUGGCGGUCAUACUUAGAGAUUGCAUCUUCCAGAAUCAGACUCCAGAGUCCUUCAAAGUAUCCUUUGCACCGAAAGCCUUAGCAACGAUGAAUCUGGAUAAACUUUCGAAAAAAAUGUGUCCGGCUCUUAAGGACUUUGUGAUAUUCUCCUCCGUAUCCUGCGGUCGUGGUAACGCGGGUCAGGCAAACUACGGCUUCUCUAACUCAGUGAUGGAGAGGAUCUGUGAAUGGAGGAAGAAGCUUGGCUUCCCUGCCUUGGCGGUGCAGUGGGGUGCUGUUGGCGAUGUUGGUCUCGUGGCUGAUAUGCAAGAUGAGGACGUGCAGUUGGAAAUCGGUGGUACUCUUCAGCAGAGGAUCUCCUCCUGUCUCCUGGCGUUGGACAAGUUCCUGAAGCAGGACGCAGUGAUAGUUUCCUCGAUCGUGGUGGCGGAGAAGAAGGCUGGUGGAUCUGGAUGUGGUAGCAUGGUGGACGCCGUUGCUUUGAUAAUGGGUAUUAAGGAUCUGAAGACUGUAUCGCAGCAAGUGUCAUUGGCAGAGUUAGGAAUGGACAGUAUGAUGGCAGUUGAGAUCAAACAGACUCUGGAGCGGGAGUUUGAGAUAUUCCUUACGGCUCAGGACAUCAGGACACUAACAUUUGCAAGGCUUGUGGAACUCACAGCUCAAAAGGAAGCAGCUGCUUCUACAGCUGUUACAGCCCGACCUGCUGUAUCUGAUGAUGCAGCUGGCCUAAGAGUUCUCAUUAGGAACUUCGGUGACGAGAAUCUUGCUACAGAACCCUUCAUUUAUAUGCCUACAAUGGUCAGCGAUGGAUCCGAGACGGAUGUCUCUGUCCAUGACAACGAGCUGGUUAUGUUCAUGUUGCCAGGCCUCGAAGGCUGUGCCGCGGCAAUGGCGCCCUUAUGUCGACGGCUUAAGAUUAAAAUUUGCGUACUGCAGCUAGGAAUAGAGUACAAGGAUGAUACUUUAGAGAAAAUGGUCAAUAGACUCCACCAGAUCACCCGGUCAAGGUUGAAUCCUGGAAUGCCUUACAUUCUUAUGGGUUACAGUUUUGGAACUCUUCCUAUGUUGAAAUUGGCCGGCAUUUUGGAAAACGAAGGUCACAAAGGAACAAUAUUCUGCGUCGACGGCGCCCCCGAGUUUCUUUACGCAUUACUCUCUUUAACUAUCGGUUCCAAAAGCGAUACGCAGUUACAAAACAACCUCAUCAAACACUCCAUAGACCUCGUCAGUCCCAAGAACGAUAUUUCCAACCUUUUGAUCGAUAAUCUCGACGAAAUAGAAUCGUUUGAGGAUCGAAUCCAGUAUGCCCUGAAGAUAACUCCUGUCCAAAAUAAGUAUUCCAAUAAAUUCAUUAGCUCGAUGGCAGUGUCGUCGUACGACCGUCUUAAAAUGGUCUUGAACCAUACCCACACUGAUAUUAAGAAAAUCAGAGCACCUAUUGUACUUCUGCGACCUAAAGAAAGUCCUCCCCAAUUGGUUAUUGACGAUAAUUAUGGACUAGAUAAAAUAACUGAAGGACCGGUUACCGUAUAUCAUUUAGAAGGCAAUCAUGUCAGUAUAAUUGAGAAUAAGGAUUGUGCUAAUAUAAUUAAUAGAAUAUUAGCAGAACAGGAUGGUAGAGGUAAAGUUUCUCAAAAUAUCGUUACUAGUAUGGUUGAAAAGCAACGUACUGUUGAAGUAUAAGAUGAUACGGUGAUGUGAUAUACUAUAAUUACAUGUUAAAAUAAUUAUUAUGCAUUAGGAAAAGGUGAAAUAAUUAUAAAGCAAAUUUCUUAUCAACAAUGAUGUUUUACUAAAAAUUCAUUUAAAUAUACUAAAAACUGGCCACGAAGUUUUUUUGCUAAUACGAUACGAGGGUUUUAAAUUUUAAUACAUGAUUUUAGAUAACAUAGUGAAACUUUACAUCAUAUUUAAUAGUAUCAAACAAGUGAAGCAAAAAUAACUUGUAAAAGAAGCCAUUAUUGAAACAGUUUUAUAAAUAUUUAAAUUACAUAUCUUAACGUAACGUAAGCUUUUCCUUAAUGUGUAUAACUAAAUAGACUUUUAUUAUUUACUGUGUUUUAAGAAUAUCAAGAUACGAUUAAAGAUACUAAUCCACUAAAACUGCAAAAAAAACGGUUGUAAAAAAUAGGUGUAAUUAGAAGAAUCAGUUGUAGAGGUUUUUUAUAGCUACCGUUUCAUAAACUAUUAAUUAGUACGAAGUGAGAAAGUCAAAUGUUUUUGCUUUUUGGAAAUGAAAAUUCUUUUUAUACCUAAAUGUCUCUUCUAAAUCUAAAAUCUACAUCAAAAAUUGCAGUAAAUCAAUAAAAAACCUGUUUCUAUUUAUUUAUAGUUCAUACAUUUUGAAAGGUUGUUGUUUCUUAUAUCUUCUGCUCUUGCAUGUUUUCAACUGACUUCAGUAGGUUGUUUGCAGGCUGACCUGUAUUUUCUAACACGCUGUAUUGAUCUGGCUUAUAAGAGACCAAUAAGGCUUUGUAUCCUAAAGUUUUUGUUUCUGUUCUUAUUUCUAUUGUCCUUAAUUUUUUUUAUUUGUAUUUAAAAACAAAGAAAUAAAUAAAGUAUUUAUAAAAAUCUAAGCAUACCUAAUUCUCUUGACAACACCCAUCAGGUGAGCGCCAAUAAUUUAACAAAUGCGUCUGAUAUAUUCAACAAAUUAUAGGAAUGACAUGCUGAAAAUAGUUGUGUUAAAAUUAACUAACGAUAAUGCAAUAGGUAUGAUAUUAUUUAAAUAGGUAUCAUAAACUAUUAUUUGAUUUUUUGUUUUGUGCUACAUUAGAUUUAUAUAGUGAGACUCAUUUCGCUGUAAUUUCUUUUGUGCAGCUGUAAAAUAAAUCGAUUUGAAAGCAUUAUUAAUAUCGUAUGCC